AGUGUCCCGGGUGAAAGCACCAACUUCAAACCGGUGUCUGCGCUUUAUCAUCCCGCCUCAGCGCCGCGCUCCUCGGGCGCGGACCGUGCUGCGCCUGUCCCCGCGCCACAGGCGGGAGGGGUAGGAAAGCCCGCCACGGUUCUCGUCCCGUGGAGCCUGGUAGCUCUUGAGACCCUUACGGUUUACCGGUAUUCAGAAUGAAUCUGGAAAAGCUCAGCAAACCAGAACUACUGACGCUAUUUAGUAUUCUUGAAGGAGAACUAGAAGCAAGAGAUCUUGUCAUAGAUGCCUUAAAGGCCCAGCACAGAAACACUUUCAUUGAAGAACGCUAUGGAAAGUACAACAUCAGUGACCCAUUAAUGGCUCUGCAGAGAGAUUUUGAGAUGCUGAAGGUGGGAAAUCAUGGCGAAAAGCAACCAGUUUGCUCCAAUCCUUUGUCUAUCCUAAAAGUAGUGAUGAAACAUUGCAAGAAUAUGCAGGAAAGAAUGCUCUCUCAACUAGCUGCUGCAGAAAGCAGGCACAGAAAGGUGAUACUGGAUCUUGAGGAAGAGAGGCAGCGGCAUGCCCAGGACACUGCUGAAGGAGAUGAUGUCACCUACAUGUUGGAGAAGGAGCGGGAGCGGCUGACUCAGCAGCUGGAAUUUGAAAGGACCCAAGUGAAAAAAUUUGAAAAAGAACAGAAGAAGCUGUCGAGCCAGUUGGAGGAAGAGAGGGCACGCCACAAGCAGCUGUCCUCCAUGCUUGUGCUGGAGUGCAAGAAAGCCACAGCCAAGGUAGUGGAAGAGGGACAGAAGGCAGGGGAGCUGAGCUUGAAACUGGAGAAAGAGAGGAGCAAAGUGAGCAAGCUGGAGGAGGAGUUGGCCUCCAAGAAGAAGCGGGGUUUGCAGAUGGAGGCACAGGUGGAAAAGCAGCUCUCCGAGUUCGACAUUGAAAGAGAACAGCUGAGAGCCAAGCUGAACCGAGAAGAGAACCGGACAAAGGUACUCAAGGAAGAGGUGGAGAGCCUGAAAAAAGCCCUGAAAGAACUGGAGGUUCCUUGCCAGGGCACCAACCCUGCUGAGCACUCACAGCAAAACCCCUCAAUGAUGUCCAGAAGUGUAGAAACAGAGAGCCUACUGGUGAGGUCUGUGUCUUGCCAGACAGAAAGUUCCCAGGCAGACAGAACCAAUCUGGGCAAUGCGGGCAUAACUGCACACAUGGCCCUUCCCAGCCCUGGCACACCUACCCAUCCCUAUGCUAAAGCAAAUGGGCACUGUGACACAGACAUGCAAACAAGGGGUGAGCUAGUGCAGACAGACAUAGCAGAGAACCAGGCACUGCUGAGAGAGAAGCCUGUUGGUCCAGUCCCAGAAAGUGCAGUUGAGAAUGGAAGUUCCCCUGUAAGAACAGAAUCUCCUGUGUGUAUGAUCCCACAGCUUCCUUCUGGUGGGACGUCUCUCUCUCCCAGCAGCACAGCUGCCUCAUCUCUGACAUCUUCUCCAUGCUCGUCCCCAGUUCUGACUAAACGUUUGGUAGGAGCUUCAGGAAACAGCCCUGGUUACCAGUCGUCCUAUCAGGUGGGGAUCAACCAACGUUUCCAUGCUGCCAGACACAAAUUCCAGUCCCAAGCUGAUCAGGACCAUCAGUCGAGUGGACUGCAGAGCCCACCAUCGAGGGAUUUGUCUCCUACCCUUGCAGACAACUCCGCUGCCAAACAGUUAGCCCGCAACACAGUCACUCAGGUUCUUUCCAGAUUCACCAGUCAGCAGGGACCUAUAAAGCCAGUCUCUCCGAAUAGCUCGCCCUUUGGCACAGACUAUCGGAAUCUGGCAAACGCUGUGAGUCCAAAAAGCGAGUCCAGCCCAGGCAAAGUUUCUAGCCCGCUGAGCCCAUUGUCUCCUGGAAUUAAAUCCCCAACAAUCCCUAGAGCAGAAAGAGGGAACCCUCCUCCUAUUCCUCCAAAGAAACCUGGCCUGGUUCAGUCCCCGGUGACUCCUACCCCACUAACCAAAACCCCUUCCCAGGCAUCCUCUCUUGGUGCCACCAUGGACUUGGCAAGUAGCUGCUCUAACAAUGCUGUAGUAGCAAACGGUAAAGACAUUGAGAUACUGUUGCCAACUAAUAGCUAGUCUUUAGGAAAUGUGAAUGUAGCAUUCCAUGGCUUAGCAUCCUAGAGCUAAGAGACACUGUUUUAUCCACUCCAUGUUAUUUAUUUGGGUAGUAGCAGAAUGUGUCUGUAUAAUACCUUUAGUGUACUUUCUUUUUAGAAAUAGGUAGGAAAUAAUUUUUAUAUUGAUGUAUAAACCUUAACUAUAGAGCUGUAAGGUAGCCCCCAAGGGUGUCUCAUGUCAGCAGUCAAAUGAAACAAGGAGGGAAGAAAAUGUGCUGGGAGCUGACUAGCAAACUAUAAUGGGGCUGAAGCAUUUUAAUUUAUGCAGAAAUCACUUGUGCAGAUUUUUAUUCCAGAUGAACACUGUAUAAAAAGUGCCUGAACUAAGCCUGUGGUAUGAAUUUGGUUUUCUGUAGAAAACAAAGGGACCAUCUAACCACAGAAAUAACAGCUCUUCUAUGAAUCAUGAAUGUUUGAAUCACUGGUUUUUAAUCCUUUCCAAUUGUUCUUAAAUCAAGUUUGUAAACAACGUGCUACAGAAUGUAAAUCUUUCAAAGGUGACCACAGAGUGGCCCCAGUUUUGCCGUCAUGUUAGGAUGUAGCUCCUGUUGACAUCAGAGGAGAUGCACAUGAGUGUGUUAGGGCAGAUUUUGGUCCUGCUGUUUAGCUCUGUGCAACCCAAUCCCUUCUUUUUUCCACGGGAGUUGUCCAAAACCAGUGACAGCAUUAAACAGUCAGGGUGGUAGUUUCCUGCAGUUCAUUAAUUUCCCACAUCGGUGUCUCGCUGUAGGUUAAAUGGCUAAGGAUUCAUUCCUGGUGCUUCACCUUUGGUUUUAAACUUCUUCAAGCAAUCUACUGUUUGUGUGUGUGUGUGUGUGUGUGUGUGUGUGUGUGUGUAAAACUUGUGAGAUAAGGAUCUUGCUAUUACUUGAAAAGAAAUCGCUAGUCAUUCUAUACAGUAAGAUGGGAUCUUUACUAAUAAUCAAAAGCAAUAACUUAAGUUGCUCACUUUGUAACAAGACUGUAUGUCAGACUGAGAUUUUACUGAGCAGUUUGCUGUAGGAUCCUGCUAGCCUCACUGGCUGCAGCUGUGGAACCAAAUUAUUAACUUUCAUAUAUAAAUAUGCAUAUAUGUAUAGAUAGAUGCACCGAUAUACAUGUUACACACACAAUGCAUAUUACGCUUAGUCUGGUUAUGUUAUUGAAGAAAAGGUAAAAAUACACUCUAAGAUUAUAAAACAAGAGUAGGUUGGGGUUUUUUUAUUAGAAAAAACCAUCUGCCUGACUUUUGGAGUUCAGUUUCCAACAGAUUCAAUAAUUUUUACCUGUGCUGUGAAUUAAAUGGUGAGUCUACAGACCUCACUGCAAACCUAUGCUACUCACAUUCAAUUAGGACAGUGUGUGAAGACACUACAGUAAUGGACACUAAAUAGAACAGAUUAGGGUUACAGCCUGGAAUCUAGCCUGAAUGAGUGUGUAUCCCAAAUGCCAAGUGGCACAGAUUACGAGACUCUGAUCCUAAACUUAUAAAUCAGUUUUGCUGCUUGAUUUUUAGCCCUUCUGCCUACAGCAACAUAGGGCCUGGAGAAGUGUUUCCCACAGUUGGGGGCUUGCUCCUCUGUUUUAGUUAUUCAGCACACAACUAACCAAAGCACUUGAUCCUUUAUUUUAGGAAAGAUUCCUGCAGUGGUUGGGAGGAUGUACUCCUAUACAGGCUAUAAUAGGUCUCUUCCAGCUCUGAGUCUUAAUUUAUAGGACAUCAGAAUUCUUGAACUGCUUUAGUAGAUGGUGUCCUAGCCAACCCUUUUCUACCCCCCCACACAUAAGAACGGCCAUACUGGGUCAGACCAAAGGUCCAUCUAGCCCAGUAUCCUGUCUUCUGAAAGUGGCCAAUGUCACGUUCCCCCAGAGGGAAUGAACAAAACAGGUAACCAAGUG